UUUCAUCUACAUUUCGUACCUUUCUAUAAUUUUUAGUUCUUUCGGCUGCCUUUGUAUCGCUGCAUCGCUUUUAUUUAGCGUUAAAACAAUAAAGAUGGUAAAAAACUAAUAUUUCACCAUAUGACGAUUUGUAAUCCACCUCCAUACGUGUACGGUUUCCCUCUAGGACGUGACUCAUGUACGACACUUCUUACCGACGCUGUAUAAAGUAACAAUAAUCUGUCGAAGGAAGAGGAUGACAGAAGAACGCUCCCAGGGACGUCUCCUUAUCAUUUCAUCUCCUUUUAAGUUCCAGAAAGCGCUCUGUGUUUCCAGGACAGUCAACGAUGGCCGAAGAUAACCUAACCAGACAGGUUGAUGAAAUUGAGGCACUAUCUUCCAUUUAUGGCAAUGACUUUCACACCGAAAGUGUGGAGCACAGAACCUACAGUGUGGAAAUAAGUGAAGGGGAUCUGACAGCACUCCUACAGGUAACAAUGCCACCUGACUACCCAGGAGAGGCCCCUCCUAUUUACAUGUUGAGUGCACCCUGGUUGAAGGGAUUCAAAAGGCAGGAGCUGUGUGGACACUUGGAGGACAUAUAUGUUGAGAAUGCUGGUGAGAGCAUUGUUUAUGAAUGGGUGGAGAGGAUACGACAGUUCAUGACAGAGGAAGGGGAAGCUGCAAAGCAAGAAACAAAGGAAGAGGAGAUUAAUGGAAUGUUGGAGGCAGCUGUUUUGGCAGAAAAAUUAGAAGAAGACAUUCCAUGCCCUGAAAUAUUUUCUGGAGAUAUAAUCUCAGAUCGCAAAAGCCACUUUCAACCACAUUUGGCACAUGUCCAAUCCGUGGGUGAAGUAAGGCAAGUGCUAAGAAAGCUAAAAGAAAAUAAGAAAAUUGCAAAUGCAACACAUAACAUGUAUGCCUACCGUUUUGUGCCUCCCGGAUCAACAGUCGUAUCUCAGGACUGCGAUGACGACGGGGAAGAUCAUGCCGGAGGCCGGAUGUUACAUUUGCUUCAGAUACUGGAUGCCCAAAAUGUUCUUGUUGUUGUUUCCAGAUGGUUUGGUGGCAUACUUUUAGGUCCUGACAGAUUUAAGCACAUCAACAAUGCAGCAAGGCAGAUUUUGGAUCAUUGUGGACAUAUCAAACAAUCUGAUGAGAAAGGGAAAAAAAAUAAAAAAGCAAGAUAGCAUUUGUUUCAUUGCA